AACCGGCUUGUUUAAUGGCAGGGAGUAAGGAGAGGGGCAAAGUUGUGAGCAGCUGAGGGCAAGUUGGGGAAGGGCACGGAGCGGGGCAGGGGCAUCUCAGCGAGGGCAGCAGAGAGCUGCACAUACACACGGGCUGCCGGGAGAUGGCUUCUUACACGCGCCCCAGCCCCCCACCGGGGCAGAAUUUAAAUGGCCGCUUGCCUCCUAUAUCCAUUCCUGUCGCAUCUCCCAGCAUUGGCGCAAAUGCCAAGAGGAUCAUGAAGCACAAAAGGUCUAAAGAGCAACAGAAAACGCUGAAUGAUAUAAUAAUAAAUACAGCUAUGAAAGCAUAUGAAGAGACAAUGGAAGCAAAGAAAAGGAGGGUUCCUACCCCGCCAGAACCCCAAUAUCCAUCAACUAUGAAUAGUGAGCAGAGACAGCUCCGGAUGAACUACUACUUCAUGAAGAGCUGUGUGGAGAGCAGCCCAGUGGUCCCUAUACAGAACCAUUGGCUGGAGGCAAUGCUCACCCUGGUUCCGCCAGCGCUGAAGGAGGGAACAAGUAAGGAAUCCCUUAUCUCCGAACUCAUGCAGGAAGUCUCACAUGACUUUGAGAAGAGCAUGAGGAGGCACCUGGUUAGGAGUGUUCUGGUUAAGCCUGAAGUCAAAGGACUGGAACAAGAAGAAUCGGGGCCACUGCUUGAAUCCCCUGUGGGUCUUGAUUUCUCCAAACCGUGGCACAAAAGCUUUGUCCAGUCAAAGACUGAGAUCAGCAAGAACCUGCACAUCCUACGCCCAGCGCUCAGGACCAUGCUGGAUCUGGGUUACAGCACCUUCUCACAGCUACUGAUUGCUGAUCUUUCUGGAUACAGGGCCAAGGGACCCGUGGAAUGUGAUUCUUUAAAGAACAAUGUGACUUUAUCCUGCUCUAAGGCGGAGGAGAAGUUACUCAGCACCUGGUACCCCAAAGUGAUUAAUCUUUUUACCACCAACGAAGCCCUACAGCUGGUCAGACCAGAGAAAACAGAUUCUUUCUAUGGAUGUGUUACAACUCUCAUGUCUAACCAGCUGCGAGAUGUAUUGACCCGAACGGUGGAGAGCUUUGUUAAGCUUUUCGACACUACCAACCCCCAAUAUCUGCCUCUGUUCAAAAUGGAGCUCACCUUCGAUGAUGAGAAAAUGGAUUUUUAUCCCAGCUUGGAAGAUCUAGAAGAAUCAGUUUUAUUUAUGCUGACCACAAUGUCACGGACACUGCAGACUAUUCAGACUGUACAGUCAUGGCUCUCCGGAGGUUCCAUUCAGAAUAUCGAAGCUAAGUUGCCGGACCAUGUCAUGCAGUGGGCACAUACAACACUCAGAGAAGCAGUGAGGCACAAUCUGGAGGGGCCUAAGAUGCACUUUAACACUUAUGUGGAAAACUACAGCUGGUUGGUGGAUGGAACAGCCAGUCAGCAAGUGGAUAUGUUUCUUGCAGAAGAGCACAGCUUUGAUGACUACACAACAUUUGUAGAGCAGUUUCUCCAGCUUGCUAAGGAUAUCACUAACUUGCCAGUCCGGGCCCACUUUACUAUGGUACAGCUGGACUGUGACGAUCUAAAGCAGGGUCUGGCCGAUAAGGCAAAAAGCUUUGCCAAUAUCCUGCUGGAGAGACUGGUGACCGACCACAGGCAGGAAAACCAAAUGAUCUGUACUGAGUUUGAGACAAUUAAAGCAAGAGCACUGAAGGUUCCUGAAACAACAGAGGACGUGAUAGAGGAGAUUGCUUAUGUGGAACAAGCAAAGACUAAAGACCUUGCGGAGCUGAACGCUCGGAUUGCUGAAUGUAAGAGACGUAUGAAUUACCUGCUCGAUGUUUACUUAUUCCCCCCGGAGGAUCUCACGCUGAAUGCUACCGUCCUUCUCUGGCCGCAGAACAUAAACCCUGUGUUUGAUGCAAAUGAUGAGCUGAUUGAAAAGGCCAAGCGUAAAGGGGAGAGUGAGUUGCUGGCGAAGAGGGAGAAGCUUUUGUUGGAACUGGAGAAACUCUCACGUCGCGUGGAAGAAUUUGCUGAAUGCUCAGAGCUGGAAAUGAUGCAGCAGUACGUUUCCGACGUGCGGACGGUGCAGAAGCGCAUAACGGAGACGGAGGAGGUGAUGGCGUUUAUUAAUAAAGAGGAAGUUCUGUAUAAAUGGGACCCGACUGUGUACCCAGAACUGGAUUCCCUCAAAGCCAGCAUUGAAAUGUAUCAGAAGUUUUUUGGCCUGAUCUAUAAAUGGCAGAGAACUGAAAAGAGGUGGAUGGAUGGAGCAUUCCUGGACCUGAAUGGAGAGACCAUGGACGCUGAAUUAGAUGAGAUCUUCCGGGAAGUAUACAAAAUGAUGAAGUUUUUCCAGCAGAAGCAGCAGAAAGCUGAACAGGAGAAGAAAAAGUCCUCACAACGCAGAAUGCUCACUGAUGAAAAGGAGGAGGAAGAGAAGAAGGAAAACCCCACAGCGCUGAUGUGUUCCACUGUGAUGGAGCAGGUCAAAGCAUUUAAGGAAUAUCUCCCCCUGGUGAGCAUCCUUUGCAACCCGGGCAUUCGGACCCGCCAUUGGCAUCAGAUGUCUGAUAUUGUGCAGUAUGACCUGACCCCUGAUUCUGGAUCGACACUGAGGAAGGUUCUAAAGCAAAAUCUAACUCCCUACCUGGAGGAGUUUGAGCAGAUUAGUGUUGCAGCCAGCAAGGAGUUCUCCCUUGAGAAGGCCAUGCAUACAAUGGUGGAGCUGUGGGACACCAUUUCGUUCAGUACAAGCCCCUAUCGGGAGUCUGGGGUGUCCAUUCUGUCUGCCGUGGAUGAAAUCCAGACAACCUUGGACGACCAGAUCGUAAAGACUCAGACAAUGAGGGGAUCAACUUUCAUUAAGCCCUUCGAAAAAGAAAUCAAGCAAUGGGAGGAGCGACUGAUGCGCAUACAGGAGACCAUCGACGAAUGGCUGAAAGUGCAGGCGCAGUGGCUUUACUUAGAGCCCAUUUUCUCCUCUGAGGACAUCAUGCAGCAAAUGCCUGAGGAAGGGCGCCUCUUCCAGACAGUGGAUCGAAACUGGAAGGAGAUUAUGAAGCACUGCGUGAAAGAAGCAAAGGUGCUGAAUGCAACCUCCUUACCGGGGCUUCUGGAGAAACUUCAGGACAGCAAUAUGCUUCUAGAAAAAAUCAUGAAGGGUCUUAAUGCUUAUCUAGAAAAGAAGAGACUUUUCUUUCCACGCUUUUUCUUCCUGUCCAACGAUGAAAUGCUGGAGAUUCUGUCCGAGACCAAGGACCCUCUCCGAGUUCAGCCACAUUUAAAGAAAUGCUUUGAGGGCAUCGCUAAGCUGGAGUUCCUGCCCAACCUGGACAUUAGAGCAAUGUACAGCACGGAGGGGGAACACGUGGAGCUGAUUGAAACCAUUUCCACCUCGGAGGCUCGGGGGGCCGUGGAAAAGUGGCUGGUACAGGUGGAAGAUGUCAUGCUGCGGAGCGUACGGGAUGUGAUCGCCCGGUCUAGAUUGGCCUAUCCGGAAACAUUAAGGAAAGACUGGGUGAGAGAUUGGCCAGGCCAAGUGGUGCUCUGUGUCUCCCAGAUGUUCUGGACUAGUGAAGUGAGUGAAGCCAUCCGUGAUGGGCCGCAGGGCCUAAGGAAUUAUUACGACAAACUUCAGCUCCAGCUGAAUGAUAUUGUUGAACUUGUGAGAGGAACGCUGUCUAAGCAAACUCGCAUCACUCUGGGGGCGCUGGUAACCAUCGAUGUACACGCACGGGAUGUCGUUAUGGACAUGGUGGAAACAGGCGUCUCUCACGAGACAGAUUUCCAGUGGCUGGCCCAGCUGCGCUAUUACUGGGAGAAUGAGAACGCCCGUGUCCGCAUCAUUAACUGCAAUGUAAAAUACGCCUACGAGUAUCUGGGGAAUUCGCCUCGACUCGUCAUUACGCCCCUCACAGACAGAUGUUACCGAACCUUGAUCGGGGCAUUUUAUCUGAAUCUGGGGGGAGCUCCGGAGGGUCCUGCAGGUACCGGGAAAACCGAAACAACCAAAGACUUGGCUAAAGCUCUGGCAGUGCAGUGUGUCGUUUUCAACUGCUCCGAUGGUUUGGACUAUUUAGCGAUGUCAAAGUUUUUCAAAGGCUUGGCAUCGUCAGGGGCAUGGGCAUGCUUCGAUGAGUUUAACCGUAUAGAGCUCGAGGUGUUGUCUGUGGUGGCUCAGCAAAUUCUCUGCAUCCAGAGAGCCAUCCAGACGAAGAUGGACUUGUUCAACUUUGAAGGGACAGAACUGAAGCUGAACCCCAAUUGCUUUGUAGCCAUAACCAUGAAUCCCGGCUACGCAGGUCGAUCAGAGCUUCCUGAUAACCUCAAGGUUCUUUUCAGGACUGUAGCCAUGAUGGUGCCCAACUAUGCCCUGAUAGCAGAGAUUUCCCUUUACUCCUAUGGUUUCCUCAAUGCUAAGCCCCUCUCAGUGAAGAUCGUCAUGACCUACAGGCUUUGCUCGGAGCAGCUCUCCUCUCAGUUCCAUUACGACUACGGAAUGCGCGCAGUCAAAGCCGUUUUAGUGGCUGCCGGAAACCUGAAGCUGAAAUUCCCAAAUGAGAAUGAAGAUAUUCUUCUUCUUCGCUCAAUAAAAGACGUCAACGAACCCAAGUUUUUGUCCCACGAUAUCCCCUUGUUUAAUGGCAUCACCAGCGACCUUUUCCCUGGCACCGCCCUCCCAGAAGCAGAUUACCAAAAAUUACUGGAGUGUGCCCAUGAAUGUUGCAGAAGGCACAAUGUGCAGCCAGUCCCAGUGUUCCUAGAGAAGAUGAUUCAGACCUAUGAGAUGAUGAUUGUUCGACACGGCUUUAUGCUGGUUGGGGAGCCUUUUUCUGGGAAAACCAAAGUCCUGCAUAUCUUGGCGGAUACCCUGUCUCUUAUGAACGAACAACAGUGCGAUGAGGAGAAGGUCAUCUUCAGGACUGUCAAUCCAAAAUCCAUCACCAUGGGGCAGCUUUUUGGCCAGUUCGACCCAGUUUCCCAUGAGUGGACAGAUGGAAAUGUCGCUAACACGUUCCGGGAAUUUGCGUUAUCGGAGAGUCCAGAGCGCAAAUGGGUGGUGUUUGAUGGUCCCAUUGACACGCUGUGGAUAGAAAGCAUGAACACUGUCCUAGAUGACAACAAGAAGCUGUGCUUAAUGAGUGGGGAGAUCAUUCAGAUGUCGCCUCAGAUGAGUCUGAUCUUUGAGACGAUGGAUCUGUCCCAGGCCUCACCUGCAACAGUUAGCCGCUGCGGUAUGAUCUAUUUGGAGCCCUUACAGCUGGGCUGGAACCCACUGGUGAAGUCCUGGCUGAACACCCUGCCGGAGGCUCUGCAAGCCAAGGAACAUCUUGGGCUUCUUGAGCAGCUCUUUGAUUGGCUGAUCCAACCUGCCUUGAGGUUUCUGCGGAAGCAGUGCAAGGAACUGGUGGCUACAAGUAACAGCAAUGCUGUGGUGUCGCUCACUCGACUGUUUGAGAUGUUGUUGUUUGACUGCAUCAGAGAGGAACCCACCAAUAAAAACAUUCGCACUUGGAUAAUGGCUUGCUUUGCCUUCUCCAUGGUGUGGUCUAUUGGUGGCUGCUGCGACACCGACAGUCGCCUGAAGUUUGAUGCUUUCCUCAAAGAAAUCUUAAUGGGAAAGUCUGCUGAGCACCCAAUACCAGCCGCUGUGGGGAAAUGGGAGUGUGCCUUCGAUGAUAAGGGCCUGGUAUAUGACUAUGUGUAUGAGCUGAAGGGAAGGGGCCGCUGGGUUCACUGGAACGAGUUCAUCAAAAGCACCAGCCUUGGCGACAAGCAGACGAAGAUUCAGGACAUUAUCGUGCCAACGAUGGACACUGUCAGAUACACCUUCCUCAUGGAUAUGUGCAUCAGAUACGAAAAACCCCUGUUAUUUGUUGGCCCGACUGGAACUGGAAAAUCUGUUUACGUUAAGGACAAGUUAAUGAACAGUUUGGAUAAGGAAAAAUUCUUUCCUUUCUUUAUUAAUUUCUCUGCUCGGACCAGCGCCAAUCAGAUACAGAACAUCAUUAUGGACAGGCUGGAUAAAAGGCGCAAAGGCGUGUAUGGGCCUCCGAUGGGAAAGAAAUGUGUGAUAUUUGUGGAUGACAUGAACAUGCCGGCUCUGGAGAAAUACGGAGCCCAACCUCCCAUUGAACUCCUGCGCCAGUUUUUUGACCACGGAAACUGGUACGAUUUGAAGGACACCUCUAAGAUCUCCCUGGUAGACAUUCAGCUGCUGGGAGCAAUGGGCCCCCCAGGCGGGGGUAGGAAUGCAGUCACCCCACGCUUCUUGCGUCACUUCAACGUUUGCACCAUCAAUGCUUUUAGUGACGAGACCAUGGUGCGCAUCUUCUCAGCCAUUGUGGCCUUCUACCUCAGAAACAACGAGUUUCCCCCAGACUUCUUCACAGUUGGAAACCAAAUAGUAAAUGGAACAAUGGAGGUGUACAAGAAGGCAAUGGAGAACCUGCUGCCGACGCCAGCCAAAUCCCAUUACACUUUCAAUUUACGGGAUUUCUCCCGGGUCAUACAAGGCUGCCUGCUGGUCCAGAAGGAGUCGGUCGAGAAUAAGCGCGUCUUGGUGCGUCUCUUCGUUCACGAAGUGCUUCGGGUUUUCUACGACCGCCUGGUGGACGACAAGGACAGAUCCUGGCUCUUUAAAUUAAUCAAAGAUGUUGUGAAAGAUCACUUCAAGGAGAACUUCGAUGGUGUAUUCGAACAUCUCAAACAGGGAUCCCAGCCUCUCUCAGAAGAGGACUUCCGCAGCCUGCUGUUUGGGGACUACCUAAACCCCGACCUGGAAGGAGAUGAGAGACUGUAUGCAGAGAUCCCCAGUGUGCAAGAGUUCAAUGAGAUUGUGGAGCGCUGCUUGGAUGAGUACAACCAGACCCACAAGAGUAGGAUGAACCUCGUUAUAUUCAGGUAUGUUCUGGAACAUUUAUCCCGCAUUUGCCGCAUCCUGAAGCAGCCUGGGGGCAAUGCCCUGUUGGUGGGCGUGGGCGGCAGCGGCCGGCAAUCAAUGACUCGUUUGGCAACAGCCAUGGCCAAGAUGUUCAUCUUCCAACCGGAAAUCUCCAAGAGUUACGGCAUGAAUGAGUGGAGAGAGGACCUCAAGAGCCUGCUGAAGAAUGCGGGGGUUAAGGGGCAGAAAACCGUGUUCCUCAUUACCGACACUCAGAUCAAGCAAGAGGCAUUUCUGGAAGAUGUCGACAGCCUGCUAAACACAGGGGAGGUUCCCAAUCUGUUUGCUCCGGAUGAAAAGCAGGAAAUUAUGGAGGGAGUGCGUCCGGCUGCCCAGGCUGGGAAUAAGAAUGUGGAGCUGGGGCCCCUGGCUCUCUUUGCCUUCUUUGUCAACCGCUGCAAAGAAAACCUUCACAUCGUCGUCGCCUUUAGCCCAAUCGGAGAGGCUUUUCGUAACCGUUUGCGGCAAUUCCCUUCGCUCAUCAACUGCUGCACCAUCGACUGGUUCCAGCCCUGGCCUGAAGACGCCCUGGAACGAGUUGCUGUUAAAUUCUUGGAAACGCUGGAACUCUCAGAGCACGAACAACGAGAAGUCGUGCCCAUCUGUAAAUACUUCCACACCUCGGCCAUAUCGCUGUCUGACAAGUUUCUGAGGGACUUGGGGAGACAUAAUUAUGUUACCCCCACAUCUUACCUGGAACUUAUUGCCGCCUUCCGACAACUCUUAUCCCAGAAACGGGACACGGUCAUGAAAGCGAAAAAGCGCUACACAAAUGGUUUGGACAAACUCGCCUUCGCUGAGUCACAGGUGGGGGAGAUGAAGAAAGAGCUAGUGGAACUGCAGCCAAAACUGGAGGAAGCCAAAGUGGAAAAUGCCAAUAUGAUGAAGAUUAUAGAAAAAGAAUCAGCAGAAGUAGAAGCGAAGAGUAAAAUAGUCCGUGUGGAUGAAGAAAUAGCAACCCAGAAAGCUACAGAAGCGCAGGCGCUGAAGAACGAGUGUGAGAGCGACUUGGCGGAGGCAAUCCCAGCUCUGGAGGCUGCCCUGUCUGCUUUGGACACUCUAAAGCCUUCUGAUGUAACCAUUGUAAAAUCCAUGAAGAACCCCCCAUCCGGAGUGAAGCUGGUUAUGUCGGCUGUUUGUGUUAUGAAAGAAAUUAAACCAGAGAAGAUAAAUGACCCUGCAGGAACAGGACAGAAGAUUCUGGAUUACUGGGGCCCAAGCAAGAAACUACUCGGGGAUAUGAAUUUCCUGAGAGACCUUAGGGAAUACGACAAAGAUAAUAUCCCAGUGGCUGUCAUGCAGAAAAUCCGCAGUGAAUACAUCACUAACCCCGAUUUUGAUCCGGCCAAAGUAGCCAAAGCCUCCUCUGCCGCCGAGGGAUUGUGUAAAUGGAUCCUGGCCAUGGAGGUGUACGACAGAGUCGCAAAGGUGGUAGCCCCCAAAAAAGCCCGGCUUGCAGAAGCGCAGGAGUCCCUGGCUAAUACCAUGGCACUGCUCAAUACCAAGAGGGCUGAGCUGAAGGAAGUGGAAGACCGUCUGGCUGCGCUGGAAGCCACGUUCCGUGAGAAAACUGAGGAGAAGGCACGGCUUGAGGUUCAAGUGGACUUGUGCGCCAAGAAACUGGAGAGAGCUGAGAAACUCAUAGGGGGUCUUGGAGGUGAAAAAUCCAGAUGGUCCAGUGCGGCAGAUUCAUUGCAGAAUACAUACGAUAAUCUGACGGGAGACGUCCUGGUAUCAGCCGGGGUCAUUGCUUACCUGGGGGCAUUUACUGCAGGGUUCCGUCAGGAGUGCACAAGGGCGUGGAGCAAGAUGUGCAAGAGCAAAAUGAUCCCGUGUUCUGAUGAUUUUUCCUUGAGUAAGACUCUGGGAGACCCAAUUCAGAUCCGAUCCUGGAACAUUGCCGGAUUGCCCACCGACAACUUCUCUAUCGACAACGGUGUCAUUGUCAGCAAUUCUAGGCGCUGGCCACUCAUGAUUGACCCCCAAAGCCAAGCCAACAAAUGGAUCAAGAAUUCAGAGAGAGAAAACCAGCUGAGCGUGAUCAAACUGACCGACUCAGACUACAUGCGCACUCUGGAGAACUGCAUUCAGUUUGGGACACCCCUUCUUCUCGAAAAUGUGGGAGAGGACCUGGAUCCGUCCCUGGAGCCCCUGUUACUGAAACAGACAUUUAAACAGGGGGGCGUGGAAUGCAUCCGGCUUGGAGAGACCACUAUAGAAUAUUCAAGCGAUUUCCGAUUCUACAUAACGACCAAACUAAGGAACCCACAUUACCUGCCCGAGCUGGCCACCAAGGUUUCCCUGCUGAACUUCAUGAUCACUCCCGAAGGCCUGGAAGACCAACUCCUGGGGAUUGUUGUGGCGAAAGAGAGGCCGGAGCUGGAAGAGGAGAGAAAUGCACUGAUAUUACAGUCUGCGGCCAACAAGAAACAACUGAAGGAGAUUGAGGACAAAAUCCUGGAGACAUUACAGUCAUCAGAAGGGAAUAUUUUGGAGGACGAAAGCGCAAUUCAGAUCUUAGACUCAGCCAAAGUCAUGUCCAAUGAGAUCACAAAGAAACAACAGAAUGCCGAGAAAACGGAAAUAAAAAUUGCCGAGUCCAGAGAGGGUUACAGGCCCAUCGCCAAGCACUCCUCGGUGUUGUUCUUCAGUAUUGCCGAUCUGGCCAACAUUGACCCCAUGUAUCAGUAUUCCCUCAACUGGUUCGUCAAUCUGUAUAUCAACUCCAUUCAGGAAAGCAACAAAUCCAAGAUUUUGGAAAAGCGCCUUCGCUACCUGAACGAUCACUUCACGUACAACCUGUACUGCAACGUCUGCCGCUCGCUGUUUGAGAAAGAUAAACUGUUAUUCUCCUUCCUUCUUUGCUGCAACCUCCUCAUGGCAAAGAAGGAGAUUGAAACCCCAGAGUUCAUGUUCCUGCUGACGGGGGGCAUUGGCCUCCAAAACAAUGUUCCAAACCCAGCGCCGUCAUGGCUGCCAGAGAAGAGUUGGGAUGAGAUCUGCCGCGCCAGUGAUCUGCCAGCCUUUAAAGGCCUGAGGGAGCACUUCAUUGGGCAGGCGAAUGAAUGGCACGCCAUAUAUGACAGCAAAGAGCCCCACGCUGCCCCCUUCCCCAGUCCUUUCAACAACCAACUGAAUGAGCUUCAGAAAAUGAUUGUUCUGCGCUGCCUGAGGCCAGACAAGAUAAGCCCCGCCAUCACUAAUUAUGUCACGGAAAAGCUGGGGAAGAAAUUUGUGGAACCACCGCCCUUUGAUUUAUCCAAGAGUUACAUGGAUUCCAGCACUACAAUCCCUCUGAUCUUUGUGUUAUCACCUGGGGCUGAUCCGAUGGCAAGUUUGCUUAAAUUUGCCAACGACAAAGCCAUGGGAGGAGACAAGUUCCAAGCCAUCUCCUUGGGACAAGGCCAGGGGCCGGUAGCCACCAAGAUGAUUAAAGAGGCCCUAGUAGAAGGCACGUGGGUUUGUCUGCAAAACUGCCACCUGGCCGUGUCCUGGAUGCCAACGCUGGAAAAGAUCUGCGAAGAGUUCAGCGCCGACACGUGCCACCCCGACUUCCGCCUCUGGCUCACAAGUUACCCCUCCCCAAAGUUCCCCGUCACCAUCCUGCAGAAUGGGGUGAAGAUGACUAACGAACCCCCCACAGGGCUCAGGUUAAAUCUGCUGCAGUCGUAUCUCACAGACCCCAUCUCUGACCCCGGCUUCUUUAUUGGCUGCCCUGGCAAAGAGCAGAUCUGGGAGAAACUUCUCUAUGGAGUCUGUUUUUUCCACGCGCUGGUCCAAGAACGGAAGAAGUUUGGGCCCCUCGGAUGGAACAUUCCCUACGGGUUUAAUGAAUCUGAUCUGCGAAUCAGUAUCCGGCAACUGCAGCUGUUCAUCAACGAUUAUGAGACCGUUCCUUUCGAAGCCAUUUCUUACCUCACCGGAGAGUGUAACUACGGGGGGCGUGUGACUGACGACUGGGACCGGCGCCUCCUAUUGACCACCCUGGCAGAUUUCUACAAUAACGACAUUAUAGAAAAACCCCGAUAUUCCUUUUCCCCCAGCGGAAAUUAUCAGGUGCCCCCAAAAAGCUCCUAUGAGGACUACAUUGAGUUCAUCAAGAGACUUCCAUUCAGCCAGCACCCAGAGGUUUUUGGGUUACAUGAAAAUGUGGAUAUAUCAAAGGAUCUUCAGCAAACCAAAACCAUCUUUGAGUCGUUACUGCUCACCCAGGGAGGGGGCAGGCAAGGAGGGGCCACCGGGGCCAGCGACCAUACACUGUAUGAAAUAGCAAAUGAUAUACUGAGCAAGUUGCCCAAAGACUUUGAUAUCGAGGCCGCCCUACAGAAGUACCCGGUGCGCUAUGAGGAGAGUAUGAACACUGUUCUGGUGCAGGAAAUGGAGAGGUUUAAUAACUUAACCCGAACCAUCAGGACAACACUGCAGAACCUGCAGAAAGCUAUCAAAGGCCUCGUUGUCAUGGACUCGGAGCUGGAAGCCCUGUCGGGCAGCUUAAUAGUAGGGAAGGUCCCGGAAACGUGGGCCAAGCGUUCCUACCCCAGCCUGAAACCCUUGGGCAGUUACGUCAGCGACUUCCUGGCUCGUCUCAAGUUCUUACAGAACUGGUUUGAAUGCGGAAAGCCGAAUGUGUUCUGGUUAUCCGGCUUCUUCUUCACACAAGCGUUCCUGACAGGCGCCAUGCAGAACUACGCCCGCAAAUACCGCAUUCCUAUCGAUCUGAUUGGAUACGAAUUUCAGGUCCUGUCGUCGGACUCUGCCGACUCACCCCCGGAAGAUGGAGUUUAUAUUAAUGGGCUGUUCCUGGACGGCGCUCGCUGGGACAGACAGAGGGGGGUCCUCGGGGAACAGCUGCCCAAACUGCUCUUUGAUGCGGUGCCUGUCAUCUGGAUAAAGCCAAAUAAAAGGUCGGAUAUUAAGAAGUCGAAGUCGUACCUGUGCCCCCUGUACAAGACCAGCGAGCGCAAGGGGACCCUCUCCACCACCGGCCAUUCCACCAACUUUGUCAUCGGCAUGUUACUGCCAACCGACAAACCCGUCCAGCACUGGAUCAAGCGAGGGGUGGCUCUGCUGUGCCAGCUGGACGACUAACUGCAACCGACCCGGGCACGACUGGCCAAUAAGGAGCUGCUCCAACUGCAGGAAAAUGCCCCAUGUAGGGGCAACAGGGCACAGCAUAGAAUGUUCUCAGUUCAGUCAGGUAGGGCAGUGCCAGCUUAUUGGCCUUGGCACACAGUUCCAUAUUGCAGCUGCUAUAACAAGUCUUAUUUAUAUAUUUAUUCAUUUUCUGUGCCCUUAUUUGGUUUUAAUUUACCAACUGUACCUUCCGCCCAUUUAACAUAUGAACCCCCACUCUAAAUUAUAUAUGGAAAUUCUACUAUUAUAGGGUUAAAAUCAUAUUCACAUAACAUAAAAGUCAGCGAGUGGCCCAGUCCUGGGAGUUAGAUCUUCCUGUAUCUUAAAGAGACAGUAGCACUGACGGGCAGCACUAUGGGCACAUUCUGAGAUCUCUGCAGCGCCCUCUAGUGUUAUCCUUGUAGCACUACUAUUUGAAAAUUGGGAUGAAUUCCACCCAAAAUGGGGCCACAGUAAUUUGGGCACAGAGUGCGACUGUACCAGGGAAUAUUCAUAGGCAACUGCUCCCGACCUCAGCAUUGGAUCUGGUUGUAGGGAGAUCUAUCAGAUAUGAUUGGUUCAGAUUUGCAGCACUUUGUACUGAAUGUAAAUGUACAUUAUGGAUAAUCUGUUCAACCAAAAGUGUUUCACUCUGUAAAUGUUCUUAAAUAAAAAGAUCCGAUUGGACUGCAGAGGA